CUUGAAUGAAGCACGUUAGAAACCCACAGACACACCGGAACCGAAAAGAGGAAGAGGAAGGACAAAAGGAAGAAAGAGGACAGAGAGCUGAUGGACACCUCAGAUGAGAACUGUAGUCCAGUCAUCGUCGCGAACAGUGCUUAUCCGGUACGGUGCACUGAGGAAGCACUUCUCCCUUUCUUCACAGAUGAGAGUCUGCAGGUCGCCAUGGACUCACAACACCCUCCUGCCUCCCACAGCGUCCCUCCUGUUCUCCCAGAGCUUAGGCUGGUCCUCCUGGGCAGAAAAGGAGCAGGGAAGAGCGCAGCAGGCAACACCAUCCUGGGAGGAGUAGGGGGGUUUGAGAGCGGGAAGCCCACGGAGGAGUGUGUGAAAAGGCGAGCUGAUGUGGCAGGGAGAAAAGUAAUGGUGGUGGACACUCCAGGGUGGGAGUGGUACUACCCACUGAACAGCACUCCCAACUGGGUGAGGAGAGAAACUUUACGGAGUGUGUCACUUUGUCCUUCUGGACCCCACGCUGUGCUUCUGGUUGUGCGAUCCUGCGCCUCAGUAACAGAGAAGUACAUCAGUGAGAUAGAGGAGCACCUGGAGCCGCUGGGAAUAGGAGUUUGGGAGCAUACCAUGCUGCUGUUCACCAGGGGAGAUGAACUAGGCAUGGUGUCCAUGGAUCAACGAAUCCUGACGAGUGGCCCAGCACUCCAGAGACUCCUCCAGAAGUGCGGGAACAGAUACCAUGUCGUGGAUAACCGGAACAAAGGGGAUGGGACGCAGGUUAAAGAGCUGAUAAGGAAGGUGGAGGAGAUGGUGGAGGGGAAGAAGGAUGGAAGCAGUCAUUUAGAGAUGGACAGUACGGUUCUGUUGGGCCUGGAAGCAGACGGGAAGAGGAGAGCGAGGGAGAGGAGGAAGAAACAGAGGGAGAUGGAGGCACAGAUGCAGAGAGGGACCAUCAAAGCUGCUUUAAUGAGCGAUGGUCUUCAGGGUUCCGAGCUAGACGCCCACCAGUCAUUCUCCAAGGCUCCCCGGCGUUUACCUGAGGUCAGACUGGUUCUCCUGGGCGAGCGUGAAACAGGAAAGAGUUCAGCUGGGAACACCAUCCUGGGAAAAAUGGGCUUCUUUGAGGCCGGGGUGGUAACAGAAGAGUGCAUCCGUCAGCAAGCGGAGGUGGCCAUUCGGUUGGUGACGGUGGUGGACACUCCAGGCUGGGAGGCAGGUGUAGCAGGUGCCACACCUGAGAGGGUGAAGAGGGAGAUUACCAACAGUGUGGCCUUGUGUCCACCAGGGCCCCAUGCACUCCUGCUGACUCUGAGGGUGGAUACACUUGUGAGGGCGGGACAUGUGAGGGAACAUCUGGAGCUCCUGGGCGAGGGUGUGUGGAGGCACACGAUAUUGCUGUUUACCCAUGGGGAUCAGCUUCGAGAGGGGGUGGAUAUUGAGCAGCACAUCCAGGGUGGAGGCAGGGAUCUCCAGUGGCUGCUGGAGAAGUGCAGGGGCAGGUACCAUGUCAUCAGCAGCGUAGAUGGAGGAGGACGAAGAGGAAAUGGAGGCUCCAGCAAGGUGACGGAGCUCCUGCAGAAGGUGGAAAAGAUGGCCGCAAUGAACAGGUGUGAGGCUUUCUCUGGCCUGGUUCAGGAUGUCAGGGAUCUGAGCCGGCAAAGGAACGAGAAGUUCAACCAGCGUCUGAAGGAGAUGGGAGAUAAAAUGCUUCGUCAGGAGACAGAGUUAAAAAAUAUGAGGGAGAGGGAGAUGAAAAGCAUCAGGUGGUUUUUUGACAGGAAGAAAAAGGUGAAAUCACCCGGAAAGGCCGACGUUCAAAGGGAAGAAGAGGAGGAUGAGGACAGGAAGAUUGGCGUAGAAAGGAAGAAUGAUAUUGGGGAUCUAGAGGAGAGGAUGCGAUGGCUGACAGAGGAUAAAGAGAGAGAAAUUCAGGAUCUGAGCAUAGAAAAGGAGAGGAUCUGCAUAGCACUAAACCAGAGUAGGAAAGAAAAAGACAAUGCAAUGCACAACUUGGAGCAAAAAGAGAGAGAGAUUGAGGAGCUAAAAGAAAGAAUUGACGAGCAACAACUGAAGCUGCUCGACCUUGAACGUGCCAGUGUAGAAAAUGAACAUGAGAGGAAGCAGAGGGAGGAUGCCAUAAAAGUAAAGACACAAGAGUGGAUGAGUGAGGUGAAGAAAAUGGAAGAAAACAUAGAGCUGCAAAAGAAAGAGAAAGCAGAAUGGAUGGAAAAGGUUGAUUCUUUAAAAAAAGAAGUUGACGAGACUAAAAGACACUAUGAUAAUGUGCUCGAGUUAAAAGCACAAGAAAAAGACAGGGAGAUGGCAGAGAUGGAAGAAAAACUAAAGAACGAGAUGGAAAGAAAACUUCUUGAAAAAGACAAAGAACAGGAAGAACUGAGAAAAAAAGCUGUACAGGAAAAGCAGAUGACUCUAGAUAAUGAAAAACUUAUGGAGAAGAAAGUUGAAGAAAUGAAAUCGCAACAUAAGAAAGAGAUAGAGAGAAAAAUGCACGAGAAAGAGACAGAGAUACACAGCAUAAAACUGCAGCAUCAGGACGAGAUGGCCAGAAAAAUCGGUGACAUGGAAAAAAUUAUGGAGACAAUGAAGGUUCAACACCAAGAAGAAAUUGAUCAGAAGUUGAAAGACAAUACAGAAUAUUUACAAAGGUUGAAACAACAGCAUAACAAAGAGAUGUGGGACAUGCAUCAAGAAAAACAAAGAGAGAUUGCAGAGCUGAAAGAGAAGUUUGCAAAAGAGACAGAGGAACAAAUGCAAGUAAAAAAGAGGCAGAUAGCUGACUUAGAACAAAAGUUUUUCAUCCAAAUAGAGGAAAACAUACAAGAAAAUGAAAAGGAGAAGGAAAUGAUUCAUCUAAAUCACAAGAAAGACAUGGCACAAAAAAUGCAAGAGAAUGAAAUAGAGAUAGAAGUGUUAAAAUUGCAGCAUCUGGAAGAAAUGUCAAGAAAAAUUAACGAAAUUGAAAAACUAAUGGAAGAGAAGAGAGUUGAACAGCAAGAAGAAAUGGACCGAAAAGUGAAUGAAAAGGAGGAAGAUGUGGAAAGGGUCCACAAACAGUACAAUGAUAAAAUAAGGGACAUUGAGCAAGAAAGACAAAGAGAGAUUAAAGAGCUGAAACAACAGUUUGCAGAAGAAAAUGAGAAACAACUGCAGGAAAGACAAACAGAGAUAAGAGAGUUAGAGCAAAGGUAUGCCGCCCAAGUAAAAGAAAAGGUGCUAGGAAAUGAAAAAGAGAAGGAAUUAAUGAAUGAAAAUCAUGAAAAUUACAUUUUGCAAAAAAUGCAAGAGAAAGAGAGACUAAUAGAGGAGUUAAAACAUCAACACACCAACGAAAUCAAAGAAAAAAUGCGAGAAAGUGACAUGGAAAAAGAAAGGCUUGUUAGAAAUCUCAAGACAGAGAUGGAGCAAAAAGAAAAAGAGAUAGAGGAGAUAAAACAGAAUGUCAAAGAAAUGAAGGAAGAGCUGCAACAAAAGGAAGAGAAAGAAAUUGAUCAUUUGAAUUACAUGAAAGACAUGGAUCAAAGACUGGAAGAAAAGGAAAAGGAAAUUGAGGAGAUAUUGGAGGAAAAAGAAAAAGAGAUAGAGGAGAUAAAACAGAAUGUCAACAAAAUGAAGGAAGAGCUGCAACAAAAGGAAAAGAAAGAAACAUAUCAUUUGAAUUACAAGAAAGAGAUGGAACAAAGACUAGAAGAAAAGGAAAAGGAGAUAGAGGGGAUAAAACUGAAUGUCACUGAAAUGAAGGAAAAGCUCCAACAAAAGGAAGAGAAAGAAACAUAUCAUUUGAAUUGCAAGAAAGAGAUGGAGCAAAGACUGGAGGAAAGAGAAAGAGAAAUAGAAGCUGUGAAAGGAUGUUUAAAAGAACUUGAGCGACAACUGCAGCAGACCAAAGAGGAAAGAGAAAGAGAUCAUUUAAAUCACAAGAAACAGAUGGAGCAAAAACUAGGAGAAAAACAAAGUAUGAUAGAGAAACUGAAUCAGCACAUAAAGGAUACUGACGAAAUCCUGCAGAAAAAUGAGGAAGAGAGAGGCGAAAUUAUCCUAAAUCAAAAGAGAGAGGCAGAGCAACGACUGCAAGACAGAGAACGAGAGAUGGAGGAGAUGAAACUACAGCUCUUAAACGACAUGGAGCAAAAACUAAAAGAAAAGGAAAGUGAGAUUGAAAGUUUUAAACAACAGGCCGACUCCAGGGAGAUGAGAUGGAGGGAAGAGCAGAGGAAGAAGGACGAGAAAGGAGAAAACGAAAUGAACCAACUGAUAGAAAUCAUUGAGAAGAAAACAAAAGAAUUAACACAAGCACAGUGUCAUCUUGCGGAGAGAGACCGUGAGAUCGAUGAGGCAAAAAUAACAUGUGCAAAGUACUUGGAAGAAAUUGAAAAGCUAAAAGAAAGCAGUAAAAACCAAACCUCCAGUAUCAUAGAGAUACAGCGGUGUCACACAGAGCAGGGAAAGAAAAAAGAUGCUGAAAUGAUGGAAAAAAUUCAGGAGAAAGAAGAAGAACUUGACCAAUUGAGGCAGAGAGACAGAGAAAACAAGAAAGAGAUCACCCAACUGAGGCUAACAAUCGAGCAAACAAAGUCCGAGCUGAAGGAGCUCAACAACAAGAUGGAAAAGGAGAUGACAAACAUGAUUCAGGAAUAUGAAAAGGAGAUUGCAAGAAAAAACGGGAACAUAGAAUCCAUUGCCAAGGAGAAGGAUUGCACUAUAAGUCGUUUGGAGGAAGAGAGUCAGCAAAGCAUUUUGGACAUCACAGAGAAAUACGCGGAAAGUCGGAGGAGAGCUGAGGAGCUGCAAGAGCAGAACGAGAAGAUGAGAAAAGAGACGGACAAUCUCAAAAUAAAGUGUGAGGAGCUGAAGAAGGAGAGUGAAGAAGAAGUUAGAAAACAUCUCAGUGGAUAUGAACAGCAGGUAAAGAGCAAAGAAGCAGAAAUCCAAAGCAUUCUUGAAGAGAAAGAUGCUGAGGUCAAGGUGUUAAAGGAGGCAAAUGACAAACUGCAAGUAGAGAUGGACAGGAUGAAAGAGAGAGAAGGUGAGGCAGAAAGACUGAUGAGUGAAAUGAAAGAGCAUUUCCAGAAAGAGAUGAAGGAGAAACAAAGUGAGUUCAGAAUGAAGGGUGAGGAGAUUGAAGAGGAAUUCUUGAAAAGGGAAAAAGAAGUAAGGGAAAGGGAACAGGUUCUGAGUAGAAACAAAGAAGAGCUGAGCAAAAGGGGACGUGAACUUGACGCAAAGGAGGAAGAGCUCGUUGAAAAAGAGGUAAAGUUAGAAAGUAAGGAACAAGAACUUAGUGAAUGGGCAGCAAGUCUAGAAAAACAACAAAAAGAUCAGGGAGAUAAAUGCGAGCAAGAUGUGAGCAUGAGAGCACAAACUAUGGAGAAAAAGGAGAGGGAGCUAGAAAACUUACUCAGAGCUCUGGAAGGCAAACAGAAAGAGCUAAAAUGUCACGGUCAAGAUCUACAGACGAAGGUUAAAGGGCUGAAAGAUCAAGGGAAAGAGCUGAAAGAUAGGGAGCAUUACUUAAGAAAUGAAGAGCAGGAGUUGCUCAGCUGGAAGGCAGAGCUGCAGAUGCGAAAUGAGCAAGUUAACUCUACAACGCAGGAGCUAGACGAGAUGGGGAGAGACUUGGCUUUGCUGAAGGAAGAACUUAACAACAAAGAGAAAAUUUUAAAGGUGUCAUUUAAGAAACUGAGCAAAUGGGAACGGAAUCUUAAGGAACGCGAGGAAGGGUUGCAAAAAAGAAAUUUAGAGAACGGACAACAGGAGGUUGAUGAUAAUGUGAGAGUCCGUGAGGGGGAUUCUCUCGAUCUGACAGCUGCAGUUGAGUGCUCAGAAGAUGACUUGCAUUUAAUGUACCGAGAGGUCAGUGAGAGAAGGGUCAAGGGAAGAGAGUCACAUAGAGGAGAAAGGGAUAGGGAGGAUCAGAGGAUGAAAACAGCACCGUCAGCUGCAGAGAGCAAUAACUGUCACCUUGAAACACUAAAAGAGAUAGAUAUGGCUGAGGAAAAGGAAGGGGUGAGAGGAAGAGGAGUACAGACGAGGAUGAAACACGGCAGCAAGGACCUGGAAAGGGCAACGGUCGUUCCAGAUUUAGAGUUUUUAUCUGCAAGUCGGGCUCACAGAAGCUCAAAUGACAAAGAGUCUCCUGGAUCGGAUUUGAGGGUGGUGGUGUUAGGGGAGACCUGGUCGUCUCGCUCCCCAGCUGGAGUCACCAUCCUGUGUGGAGAGGAAGCCAAACUGGACGGGUCUACCUUCAGGCCAUGGAGAGGUCAGAUAGCUGGACGUCGCCUUGCCGUCGUGGAACCGCUAGGUCUGAGGUGGCGAGACGGCCCAGAUCCAAACAACACGGUGCAAAGGAAAAGCAUUCUUGACAGUAUCUCCUGGUGUCAUCCAGGGCCUCACGUCGUCCUCCUGCUCAUGCCGGCCUUCAUGAACUGCACACAGAAGUACAGGAGAGCGAUAGAGGAGCACAUGCGAUUGCUCGGGGAAGGAAUUUGGCAACGCACACUGGUGCUGUUCACAUGGGGGGAAAUUUUAGGGGAGAGCACAGAGCAGCACAUCCUGAGGAACGGGGAGCUAAUGGGGCUCGUAGAGAGAUGUGGGGGCAGGUAUCAUGUAGUGAGCAGCAAGAAAGGCAACUGUAUGAUAGAGGAAUUAUUUGAGAAAAUGGAGGAUAUGGUGGCUUUGAACAUCGAAGAGCAGUUUUGGGAGUAGAACUGUAUAAAUGUAUCAUGUAAAAACAGUGUUUUUCAUUUUGUAAUGUGAAUAUUUUUAAUAAAUUUAACCAAUAGUUGCAAAAGUA